UUUGUUCUUUCUUUUUUAGAAAUAAUUUUUGCAUAAUGGAAUUACUUGAUGCUCUCUCAAAUUUUUCGGAAAAUAAACAGUCAGAAGAGCAUGCAGCUGUGUGUGAAAAAAGUUUAAUAUGUUUUAUAAAAAACAAUGAGAAUUCAUUUACAUUUACUGAUUAUCCUUGUGAAGUAUAUGAUAAAGUUAUUUGUCAUUUGUUUACAUUUAUUUCUUCUCGCCAUCGGUUUAUGCCGAUAUCUUUAGAGGUUUUGCGCUUGCUAAGUAGAGAUAAGACAAUUGUAACCACAUUAAAUAAUGUUGAGUCAUAUUUAGAAAUAUGCAUAGAAUCAUUAAACUCACCAGAGUUAAUAGAAUCUGGAAAGGUAGAAGUUUUAAAAUGCCUGUGUAAUUGGGUUUACCAUAGCAACAUUGUUCGUAGUUUUUUUGUAGCUCAUCAGUUAUCUCAAAGAGUAAUUGAAGAUACUUCAAAGUGCAGUUUUUUAUGUCCAUUGACUUUUUAUUAUGUUCGCAUUCUGUUUUUGAUGUCAGCUUUAGAGCCAAAUGAACGUGUAACCAUGUUAGAACAUAACAUUAUUAAUGUUCUAUGUGCAAUUGGUAAUCAAGUGUUUGAUGGAGAUAAAAGUAGCUUAGAUAUAGCAUGUCAAAAUGUUCUUGCAGAAAUUUUCAAAGCUCUCUUUAAUGUAACUUGUAAACUAACACGUUCUGCGACAGAAAAAAUAAUUAAUGCCUGUUCUGAUCUUGUUACGCUGCUUUGUAAUCUAUUUACCAAGUUUCCACCAGCUUUAUAUGAUGACACUGUUGAUCUUUUGUCACACUCUGUGCAUUUGUUGGUAAAUAUGCCGCAACAGUCAUUAUGUCAUCUUUAUUAUUCUGCUACUAAAAAAACUGCUCCUGAAAAAGUGUUUUGUAAAUACAAUAUGGAAGUUAUUUUUGUUCUUCUAAACACUCUUGAUUCGCGCAUUCAACUUAAAAAUUAUAAAACAAUGUGUGAUAAAUCAUUGCCAAUUUUUACAGCAUUCUGUUAUAUUUGCAGAAUAAAUCCUAUAAUACGCAAAUACUUAAAAAAACUUGUUCUACCUCCCCUAAAAGUAUCUGACAUACGACCAGAACAAAAUAAAGAUUUGCGAGGUAGAAUCGUGGCACUGAUGACAACCUUUAACGUGCCUCUUAAAAAUAUGGCAGCUGACUUUUUGUUUGUUUUGUGUAAAGAAAACAAUGUUAGAUUGAUUCGAUAUGCAGGCUAUGGUAAUAGUGCGGGCUAUCUUGCUUCUCGUGGUCUUCUGGCUCCAGGUUUCGGUAAAGUAGAGGGUGAAUACUCUGAGGAUGAACUAUCUGAUUUUGAUGACGAGGAUGAAGUGGAUAUAAUGACUGGUGCAACUCGACCUGAUUUAAGUGAUGAUCAAGACUUUAGUAAACUUUCUGAUUCAGAAAAAGAAGCAGAAGCUAAUAAACUUGUUAAUAUGAUUGAAAAGUUACAGAGUAUGAAUGUUGUAGUACCAAUGUCAAUAAACAAAGAUGGCAAAAUGGCAGAACUAAAUAUGGGAAAUCUUCGGUAGCUUUUCAUUGUUUAAUGGAAUUAUAAUUUUGUUGCAAUUUGGUUUAAUUUAUUUCAAAAGUGAUGAUCAUGAUAGUGAUGCAUUAAUUUAUUUCAAAAGUGAUGAUCAUGGUAGUGAUGCAUUGUUUGGGAUAGAAGUUGAAGCUUGUUUAAAUGAAUUUAAGUCUCUUCUUUCAUAUUAAUGAAUCAUAUUAAUGAUGUCAAAUUUACUGAACUUAAAAAGAAAUGAAGGUAAAAUGACAGAACACUUGAAAAAAGACAAUUAUAAAGUAAUAGUUUUGGUGAUCAACCAAAUUAAAUUUUUUAUUUCUCUAAAUUGACUCUUAGUUUACUUUAUGAAAUUUUUUAUUUUUUCAGAUUUUAUAACGAGACAUUUUUCAGAGAAAUGUUUGGAAAUUUUUUUUUUCUUAAACAAAUUUAUGUAUAAACUGUAUUUAUAAAUGGUUUAUUAAAUAAUUCUUUGAUUAGAAUAUUGAAACAGUUUUUUGUUAACUUUCA